AUGCUGAAGGAACUUCACCUCUCCGUGUCCCUGGUCCUGGUGUUUGCCUGUGGCCUGCUAUACAAGCUCACCCUGAGGUCUCACUGCUUCUUUGCCUGCCUGCCUCCCUUCUCGUCUCUAGGGAGGCUGGAAGACCUCCUGAGCAAUGGACGGAGCAUUGUGUUCAUAGAGACCUCUGAGAGAGUGGAGCCGCCUCCACUGGUCUCCUGCGCUGUGGAGUCCGCUGCCAAGAUCUACCCUGAGCAGCCUGUCAUCUUCUUUAUGAAAGGGCUCAGCAACACCACACAGCUGGCUUCAAAUACCAGCUCCCCAGCUUUCUCCCUCCUUUCAGCCAUUGAGAAUGUUUUCUUUGCGCCUUUGAACAUGAAAAGACUAUUUGAAGACACGCCCUUGUUUUCUUGGUACACCAAAAUCAACAGCAGUGCAGAAAAAUACUGGCUCCAUGUCAGCUCCGACGCCUCCCGCCUGGCUAUCAUCUGGAAAUACGGUGGAAUCUACAUGGACACCGAUGUCAUCUCCAUCAGGCCCAUCCCCGAGAAGAACUUCUUGGCAGCGCAGGGUUCCCGGUACUCCAGUAACGGGGUGUUCGGCUUCCUCCCCCACCACCCCUUUCUGUGGGGCUGCAUGGAGAACUUCGUGGAGCGCUAUAACUCGCGCAUUUGGGGCAACCAGGGACCCAAUCUGAUGACACGGAUGUUAAGAUUGUGGUGCAGACUUGAAGACUUCCAAGAGCUGGGUGACCUGAAGUGUCUGAAUAUUUCAUUCCUUCACCCUCAGAGAUUUUACCCUAUCCCCUACCCGGAGUGGAGGCGCUACUACCAGGUGUGGGACACGGAGCCCAGCUUCAAUGCCUCCUACGCGCUGCAUUUGUGGAACUUCAUGAACAAAGAGGGCAGGACCCCGGUUAGUGGAAGCAACACUCUGGCGGAGAAUCUCUAUCAAAAGCACUGUCCUAAGACGUACAGGGUUCUGAUUCAACGCGCGGAAGAAACGGCGUCUAGGGAGCCAGGAACAGGCAACAGAUAG